AUGGGGAUACUACUGGUUUCCGGGAGAUUCUUGGCUCGACGGCCUGCCCUCGCGCUCGCCCCUCGCUGCUCCCGAGGCUCCCCGGACAAGCGCGGCAGGGACGAAGUUAUGCCUGAUUUCUCUGAUCAAGUCAUUUAUGCUUCAUCAUCAGUCUUUGCCACGGCACAGCUUUCCUUCACCGUACUAGGUGACUCAUCGUCAACCGACUGGGAUAAGGCUUGGUCUACCUUUAAGAAGAAAGGGAAGAAGACCCUAUUCUCGGAGUUCUCACCGAACAAAUAUGUGACCUGGAACCCACGGCGCAGUGAGUAUCCAUUGUCAGAAGAAGUCGAUCCAAUCAAAAGAGCUGAGAGGUCUAACUUGAUGUUGUGGACAAGCCCAAGGUUUACCUUGGUAGGGGCUAUUAUCAUCAUUUCGGCAUUGCUAAUCUAUACAUUGGUUGUCCCACCCAAGUAA